AGGUUCUCCUGCUUUGGCUGCAUCGGAGUUCCAGUGCAACAACUGCUGGACAUAAACAGCUGCUGAGAUAUAUCUCAUUUUCCUGUUUCCCACAAAGGAAAAAACAGCAGCUGGGUCUGAAGUGCCUGAGAUGAUUUAAAUGAGUUCCUGGUUAUUUCUACAGAUAUUGUCAGUUCCAUCAACAGAGUGCAAAGUGAGAAGGAAGGACGGACCCUAAACUAUCCAUUUUAUUCAAAAAGACUAUUUCUUACAUUUUUUUGUUAAUGCUUCUACCCUCAGUCCUGGUCCUAGAGGAGAAAAACGUGUCAAAGCCCCAAGAUGACAUACUAGAAAUGCCAUCUGGCUGAGAAUUUUUGGGGCAGGGAGGUUGCUGGUACUUCAGCAAACCUGUGUUUGAAUCUUCCUCAUUUUGCUUUAUGGUCACAUGAGGAGAAAAAAGGAUGAAUAUUUAAACAACAGUCUUCAGUCUUGCUUCAAAAUGUCCCUGUGUGCAUCUUCUCACAAGGACUUUUCUCAGUUGCUGCCACUUCAGGAUAUUGGAUGCAAUAAAACAGAAAUUAAAAACUCACCUGCUGGUAUCAUCUCUCCAGUUCCCUACAGCUGUAAUCAGUCCACGUUGACAGCAGAACACAGUCCACUCUAUAUUCCCUCCUCUUACAUGGAAAACAGACAUGAAUAUUCUGCAAUGGCAUUCUGCAGCCCUGCCAUGAUGAAUUACAACAUUACCAGCAAUUUUGGUGAUUCAGAGAGUGCAUCUGUGAGGCAAACUUCAAGCCCCAGUGUGUUAUGGUCUGCUCCUGGCCAUCUCUCCCCUCUGACAUUGCACUGUCAGUCAUCGCUUCUGUAUGCAGAGCAGCCAAAGAGUCCAUGGUGCGAAGCAAGAGCAAUGGAGCCAGUGCUACCUGUGACCAGAGAAACAUUGAAAAGAAAAACUAAUGGCAAUGACUGUACAAGCCCAGUUGCAAAUAAUCCUGGCUCAAAAAGGGAUGCCCACUUCUGUGCAGUCUGCAGUGAUUAUGCUUCAGGAUACCACUAUGGGGUCUGGUCGUGUGAAGGCUGCAAAGCAUUCUUUAAAAGAAGUAUUCAAGGACAUAACGAUUACAUCUGCCCAGCCACCAAUCAAUGCACAAUAGACAAAAACAGGCGCAAGAGCUGCCAAGCAUGCCGACUACGUAAAUGUUAUGAAGUGGGAAUGAUGAAAUGUGGCUCAAGAAGAGAACGUUGUGGAUAUCGGAUCCUGCGUCGCCAUCGUAAUUCAGAAGACCAGGUGCAUUGCAUUGGCAAAGCUAAGAAAUACAAUGAGACGGCAACCCGCGUAAAAGAGAUCCUGCUCAGUACAGUCAGCCCGGAACAGUUUGUUUUAACGCUACUUGAAGCGGAGCCUCCCAAUGUGUUGGUGAGUCGUCCCAGCAAACCAUUCACAGAGGCCUCCAUGAUGAUGUCCCUGACAAAGCUGGCAGACAAGGAGCUGGUUCACAUGAUUGGUUGGGCCAAAAAAAUUCCUGGUUUCAUUGAUCUCAGCCUCUAUGACCAAGUAAGACUCUUGGAGAGCUGCUGGAUGGAAGUUUUAAUGGUUGGUUUGAUGUGGCGAUCAAUCGACCACCCUGGGAAACUGAUUUUUGCACCAGACCUUGUAUUAGACAGGGAUGAGGGGAAGUGUGUAGAGGGAAUUUUGGAGAUCUUUGAUAUGCUCCUGGCCAUGACCUCGAGGUUCCGAGAGCUGAAGCUGCAGCACAAGGAGUAUCUGUGUGUCAAGGCAAUGAUCCUCCUCAAUUCCAGCAUGUUUCCCUUGUCAGCAGAAGAACCUGAAAGCAACAGGAAACUGCAUCACCUGCUUAACGUAGUCACAGACGCUUUGGUGUGGGUUAUCGCAAAGAGCGGAAUCCCCUCGCAGCAGCAGACGACUCGUCUGGCCAAUUUGUUGAUGCUCCUUUCUCAUGUCAGACACGCAAGUAACAAGGGAAUGGAGCAUCUCCUGAGCAUGAAGUGCAAAAAUGUGGUCCCAGUGUAUGACUUGCUGCUGGAGAUGUUGAAUGCGCACACUCUCCGAGGCCAAAGGAAGUCCCCAGUCACACAUCCCGAAUUUGGCCCAUUAGAACAAAUGGAGACUGGCGACAGCCUGCGAAACGGGGCAGCGCAGUAGUUCUGUUGAGACCUGGAAAUGUGAAGCUCGUUCAAAGCUGUGGGAGAAAACAAAGCUGCUGUGAUGGGACUGCUGAAGGGUGGCCAAGUGCAAGUCCUCAUCUCUUCUAGGUUUGCGCAUCGGUAUCUUGGGAAAGGCUUGUGGGACGCGCAGCUCUGUCCAUGUUUCUGACAUUAUAACAGCUGCACUUUUAUAGUGCCUUGCCUGAGACUUUUCAAAAACACCUUAUGAAAUUAAGCCUCAGAACAGUACGGCAAGACAGGGAAUUACUGCCUUGCCUUUCCAGAGGCAGGUGAACUGAGACAGAGAGAUAAAGGGCCUGGUUUAAUAUGCUGGAAGAAGUCUGUGUCAGGGCUAGGAGUGAGGACCUAGGUCUCCGUCUCCCAGACCAAGGCUUUUAGGCACUGACUAGUUGAUCUCCUCUUUCAGUGUGAGAUUUUAUGAAAUGUAAAAUAGCAUCUUCUGGGACAGAUCCGCUUACCUGGGUGUGCUGGUCCCUGGGAACGCCUCCUUUGCAGCUGAUCUAGAUAAAGUGCCAAGAUGUACAGUGUAAAGGAGUUUCUUCUAUUCUUAAAUAUGCAAUGGCUGCAAGGGCCUUCAACUGAAGGCCAUUCAGAAUAGCUUCUAGGGCCAGUUCAGAUCUUCAGAAAUGUUAAACCAAGGUUAAGUUUGUCUUUUGUGAGCCUGUUCUUAGCACUCACGUUAUUAUCUGUGUAUAAUUCUUCAGUGCUUUAAACAAUGCCCAAACUGCCUAGAUAUCUCAGUCAACGCUGACCUUUGAAAUGUGUUUUGUCUGUGAGAUUAACAUGUUGUUUUAUAUAUUUAUUAAUGACGUUAAAUCUAUUAAAUAUUUAGGUACAAGAGGUUGCUCUGUGAAUAGUAACUGUUUGUAUUUGUAUAUGAUCUGCUAAUCAGGGCUUGUGAAAUCAGCUAGAAACAAACCAUCUUCCUUCCCCAUUUGACUUGCUGUGGAAUUAUGUCCUGCCCACCUGAACCUGCUUGCAGCUGCCUGGGUGAGGCAGCGGACAGGAACCUCAGCUGGGACCUGCUUUUUGCCUGCUGCCCUCAGGUUUGCUGCUUGAUCGUUUUCAAAGUGCAUGGCACCUUAUGCUGUGGUUUUCAUAUCUUGUAUAGGAUCCCUCAAAGAGCGGGGGGGCAUGAUGGUUCUGGCACUUCCUUUGCUUUGCAAGUGUGAUGACUUGUUUGAAUUUCACUGAAGAUGUGAGUUUAAACCCCCCCUGAUUCCUGCAUGCAUUUAAGCUGUACUGAGGAAAAAACAGAGAGGAAAUAGCCUGGCGAUGACCUCAGCGAAGAGCAGGAUGGCAUCAUUCGUUCUGGCAACCGCCAAUAUCGAAUUUUGAUGUGAGCUAGAAUUGCAAACACUCUAAAUGGACAUGUUUAAAUAUAAUACAUGUAUGUUCUGGGCAUUUCAGGAAUGAGGAAAUUAAAUUGGGAUCGCAUCAACAGUCUAUUUUGAGCCAAUAAGUCUCCUGGAUUAGGGACUUUGAUUAGUAUGCCAUUUGCAAACUUUGAAUAUUAGUCAAAUCUUUGAUCUUGGUGUUUUUUCAAAGCCAAGGACAAUAUUUUUUUAUAGGAGGAACAUAGAGUUUUCUGUGAGUUACACAAAUCUAUUGUCUUGUUUUGAUCUUGUAUUAUACCAGAUGCUGCUGAUGGUCUAAAUUUUUACUAGCUACCUUUUUAUUGUUUUUAAGAAACUGUAAUAUAGCCGUGCCCUUCUAAAUAAGUGUAAUAGUAAAAAAAAAAAGGGAAAAAUAUGAAUACAGUCUGCAAUUCAUUGGUACUUUCAUCUGAGGGAAGUUUUGCUGUGAAACAUAUGUGUUUCAGUGUUUCUUGGGCUUGAUCACCUUCUGGCCUCAAUGUCUGUUGUGUUGUUCUUUUUCUGAUUUCUCUUGUCCUGUGUAAUCUUUUUGUUUAAUACAGGUUUUCAAAUAAAUGUUCAGGUGAUUU